UAUGAAGGCAUAGAGCAGACACUCAUGGAAGGCCCUUUGCAAACCUCCAUUCAUAUGUGCCAUGAAAAUGGUCAAUGGAUGUCACGAUUACCAGAGAAGCUCUGGGAUAUUCCACUCUAUAACUUAGCUCUUCCAGGGAGUCACGACACUAUGACGUACUGCUUGGAUAAAAACUCUGCUGUUAGUGGCAAUGAGUCCAAGCUGGUGAAGUUUUUAAACAAAUGUAUGCCCUGCAUUGUGCACCCCAUUAUCAUGAAGUGGUCUACAACACAGGUACUGACUGUGACGGAGCAACUUGAGGCCGGAGUUAGAUAUCUGGAUUUCAGGAUUGCCCACAAGGCUAACGAUCCGUCUAUGAAUUUGUACUUCGUGCAUAUGGUUUACACAACCGUUACUGUAAAGGAUAUUCUGUGGGAAGUGUCAAGGUGGUUGGAAACUCAUCCUAAGGAAGUUGUUAUCUUAGCCUGCAGGAAUUUUGAUGGAUUAACCAAGAAACUUCAUUGUUUUCUUAUUGCCUGUAUAAAAGAGAUUUUCCAGUGUAAACUGUGUCCCAGAAAUGUGGUGCCAACACUGAGGACCAUGUGGCAGCGUGGCCAUCAGGUUAUAGUCUCAUAUGAGGAGGACGUGGAAGCGGAGGAGCACUGUGAGCUGUGGCCUGCGAUCCCGUACUGGUGGGGAAACAAAACUGCCACUUGUGCUCUUAUCCAGUAUUUAGAGCACAUGAAGCGGAUGGGCCGGCCAGAAAAAUUCUUUGUAGCGGGGAUUAACCUUACUGAAAAUUUAAGCUAUAUUCUCACACACCCAUUUGGAUCACUGAAGAAAAUGACACUCCAGAGUCUUCCAUGCUUGAAAAUCUGGAUAAAGCAGCAGCAUCCAGGACCAAAAAAGGAAUGUAUUAACAUAAUUGCUGGAGACUUUAUAGGAAAUGAUGAUUUUGUCAAAGAUGUGAUAGAACUUAACAGAAAAAUUAAUCCUCCAUUACACUGUCAGAGUAAAGGGGCUGCAACAAAUAGCAUUUCAUUCUCAGUUUCUUAUUCUGUGACAAGCUGUAAAGGCUUUGUCUGCAUUUAA